AUGUUUCUUUGUGUGAACGUAGCAAGAAAAGACAGCAGAGUGCAGCACCUGGUUGUUUUUUGGAUCAGUUUCUCAUUCUUUCUCUGUCGGAACUCGGUUUCCCGCGCAUUUGUUUCUCUCAGACACAUGUUGGCUAACUUUAUUUUCAUUAAAUUAAUUAAAAAUACUAAUCUUUCCUCGUCUUUCUCUUCAGACCACUCAACCUCUUUCUUGGCAGCAUCAUCGUCGGCAGUUGGGACCAUCGGGGUGAUGUUGAAGGUUUUUCUGAUUUCCUCUGGCGUCUUGCCCUUGAUCAUGUUGGCGACAGUCUUGCAGGUGACGUCCAUGAGCCCCUUGAUGUCCAGGAAGUUAGCGGCGCGGAUGAUGGCGAAGAGCGUCUGCUGGUCGACUUUCAGGAAGUCAACGUCCCACUCGGGGAUAUCAUCCGAUCUUUUUUCAUGGUUGUCAUCUAACUCUGGUUUAUCUUCAUCGUCGACGUGUUUCUUGCACCACUCGACAACUUUUUCCAGGAUCGUUCCCUUGACAUUUGUUACAGGAAUCACUUCAUCGUUGACUUCGCCCUCCAUGCCGAGAGUUUCCAGCAUAACUUUGAUGGUAGCCGACAUCAACGCGACUUUGAUCUCCACUUCAAAAAUUUGUUCAUCACUGCUCUGGAGCUGCACUGUUGCGUCCAUGCUUGAUAUGGUUUAUUUAACUCACAAACUUUAA